AUGAAAGCUCUUACUAUUGUCGCUUUAGCUACUGCUGCUCUCUUUAUAGCAGGCAGCACUCUCUUGAUUGCUUCUCGCUCUUCCAGAAACGGUAUUGUCUAGUUCUAAAACACUGAUUACGUUUUCUACUAGGUCGAAAUUGAAUGGCCUGGCUCAGUCUGCAAGUUCAAUAAAUGCAACAAAAGAGAUUUAGAAAACUUUAAUGGAAAGCACUUCAAUCUUCAUGGUGUCUGGCCUACUGGUCUUCCUUCAAAUGCUUGCACUUAUGUUAAUAACUGCUAAGAUCUUCCUUUUGAUAACAGCUUAAUCAGCCCUGAAGUCAUGGUUGAAUUAAACUAAUACUGGACUGGUGUUUACAACCCCUCUGAAACUUUCAGACAACACGAAUGGGAGAAGCACGGUGUCUGCUGGAAUGACUCUUUCAACUCUGACUACUCUACUGACGAAACCUUAAAAUCUUACAUGAAUGACUACUUCUCAAUGGCUUUAGGUGUUAUUAAAAAAUACGAACCUUUGAAUUUGUGGGCUUAAGAAGGUAUCUACCCCUCUGAUCAAGAUUCAUACGACUACGAUACCCUUAUCAAUAUCCUCGAGCCUCAAUUUGGUUCUGGUGUUAUUGGAAAAUGCCAAAUCGUCAAUGGUAUUCAAUAUCUCCACUCUAUCGAUUUCUGUCUUGGAUAAAACUACCAACCUAUUGACUGUCCUUGUGCUAAGGCCAAAAAAACCAACUGCAAGACUGCUAAUCCUGUUUAUCUUGGUGAAUUUGUUAUGCCCUCUAUAUGA